GUUUAUUUUCCCAAAGUGUUUCUCUAUCUCCCCUGGAGGUUCAUCUAAUCAACUGGGAAACUUGAAUUAUUAAACGAUGGAUGUGCAAGCUGGUCCUUCUACCUCCUCUGGUACAAGCUUCAAGGAAAAGCAGGCAGAUAGAAUGAAAAAGCUGCGUGACCUCCAUCAGAAGAGGAACGAAGCCCGUCAACUGAAUCAUCAGGAAGUUGUCGAAGAAAAUAAAAGGAAAAAUCUUCCUACUAAUUUUGAGGCUAGAAAGCGAAGGGCUGAAUGGAUCUUGAAGGACGAUGAUGCAAGGAAAGAGGCUGCAGAAAAGGGAGAAGAUUAUGACAGAGUGAAACUUAUGGAAGUUGGUGCUGAUGAGGCUGCCAAAUUGGAUAGAAAGAAAAAGAAGAAAAACCCUGACCAAGGAUUUGCAGACUAUCAGCAAGCCACCAUUAGGCAAUACACCCGUCUAGUAAACAACAUGAAAGUUGACCAUGAGCAGUAUGAAAGGCAAAAAGAAUCUGUUGGAGAGGAUGUAUUCUACGGCAAACAGAACACUAUUUUGCACGGCGUUCACAAAGACAGCAAAGAGGGUAUUGACCGGAUGGUCCAGGAUUUGGAAAAACAGAUCGCCAAGAGAGAGAAGUAUAGCCGCCGAAGGAUGCACAACGAUGAUGCCGACAUUGAUUACAUCAACGAGAGGAACAUGAAGUUCAACACAAAGCUGGAACGGUUUUAUGGAGAGUAUACCACAGAAAUCAAGCAGAAUUUGGAGCGAGGAACUGCUGUGUAAAUGGAGUCACAGGCUUAGUCAUUCGCAUACUGCUGAUCGAUAUCUCUGUGUGCAUGGACAACUUUUUUAUCAUUAGCAUUAAGGGGUAGAUGUAUUUCUCAAAAAUAAAUACAGAUUUGGAGGCUAAAUAUAUUGAAAUACAA